AGCUCGGGUGACUUCCUGUGUUCGGUGUGUCACAAGGUGUUUCCCCUGCAGCGCAUGUUGACGCGCCACCUCAAGUGCCACAGCAUGGUGAAGAGACACCCCUGCCGCUACUGUGGCAAAGGCUUCAACGACACCUUUGACCUCAAGAGGCACAUGCGCACACACACAGGUAUCCGUCCGUACCGUUGUGAGCUGUGCGACAAGGCCUUCACACAGCGCUGCUCCCUUGAAUCCCACCUGAGGAAGAUCCAUGGUGUGCGCCAGCAGUACGCCUACCGCCAGCGCCGCUCCAAGAUCUUUGUGUGCGAGGACUGUGGCUACACGUCCAACCGUCCCGAAGAGUACUUCCUCCACGUGCGCCAGUGCCACCCGGGCAGCCCCGCCCUGCGGCGCUACUACCGCCGCCAGGCACACGAGGGCACCAACAACGUGCCCGCCGAACACAAACUCAGUCCCUUCUUGAUGUAUCCCACUGGGUACUAUGUGGGAUGAUUUAAACUCCUGGGUGAAAAUUCGCUAAUAACAUUCAAGUGUGCCAGUCGGUUUCUGCCUUAAUCAAUUCCUUCGUUGUAACCUUGCCACAGAGCAGAAACAGGCUAGGAUCAAAGCUAACACAUCAAUAUUACAGUAAGGUGAAUGGACAAUAUGUUUGGGGUUAUGCCCCACCCAGUCAGUGCCUGGCCGGUAGGCCAAAAUAACAUUGAAAAUCAUCAGCAUUGGUGUGGCUAUUUUAAAAGCACCACCUCCUGCUGUCCACUUGAGGUAAUGCAGAGAGAUUAAGGACAGGGUGUGUCUGGUCAAUAGUCAACUACAGUCAAUGUUGAUUAAAGGUAUGUUUUUGUGAAGUGGUGACUUAUCGAUGUGUCCUUUAAAAUAAAUUGUGUCCCUCCUCUCCUUGGCACCCAUCCUCCUACCUGUACAGCUACAACCAUCCCAUGUUAUACUGACUUGCUUAUUUAUUUGCAUGGUGUAUUGCUGCUGCAUGUUUGACGGUUCAUUAUAUUGUGUUUUAAAGAUGUGACGCUUAAAAAUACCAAACAAAUGUUCCAAUCUCAGGAUAAUAAAGUCCUUUUAA